AUGUCGCCUAUUGCUCCCGGUCAGCUUCCGGCCGAGCUCGUCAACCUUCUCGCGCUACACUCUUCCUUCCUGACGGCGCUGUCGCUGCAUUACGCCCACAAUGGCACUUCAACGCCUGCCGACCUUCGAGACCUGAUUGCAUCGACAACUCUAGUUUGGCGGCAACGCAAGGUCACGUACGAUGACAUCCGACUACUUAUUGGUAUUCUCGACCACGGUCCCUCCGGCAACAACAACCCUUACUAUUUAUCCGACUAUGGUCGCGGCAAAAUCUGCAUUGAAAUCAAGGAUAGCAGCCCGAUGAUGAACGGCAUGACACACAUGAACGAAGAAGGGCUCCAAGAAAUGUUCAAGGAGGGAUUAGAUACGUUGUGGUCACAAUGGUGCACGUCGCAGAAGAUGAUGGCCCGACCAAUUGCGGUGCCCAAGCGCGGACGGGGACGCCCAAAGAAGGCCGACAUCAAGCAAGCAUGCAUGGACACAUUCCUUGAUGAUACCUCCAUGUUCAAAUUCCUGAGUCAGCUUCCUCUCGCCGAAGUCACCACAUGCGAAUCGCUCACCGCGCUUGCGCCAGCACAAGAGAAGGGACGCAAGAGGUUGAGGGAGUUCAAGGAGAGCGUACAACAAGGCCGUGCACUGAAGAAGACGAGAUCAACCAUCGGAAAGGAGAAUGAGCCUUCCUUGGGACAGAACCAGCAGGUGCAACCCGCCCAACCCAAGAUCACCGAAUUCGCUGCCGUCCGCAAGACCAACCUCCUCGACCGUAUCCUCGCAAAGCAAGAAGCCGCAAAGGCUGGUCCCACAGCACCAACACCCGCCGAACUUCAGAGAAAAGCAGCUCUACAGCGUACUCCAGAAGUUAUUGGUGUCCUCUCUCUGCUCUGCGCGAACAGACCCGGAUCCCGCGUUUCUUUCUCAACACCCACCCUUGUGCAGGCAAUACAGGGUUCUAUUCGAUCUCCAAUCUCCAAAGAAGAGGCUAUGAAGUGUGUAGAGGUUUUGGCAAGCGAAGUCGCCCCAGGAUACGUGUCAGUCGUCAGCAUGGGCAGUAUUUCUAGUGUUGUCAUCAACCAGAUGAUGAGACCCACGGAUAUCAAGAGCAGGCUGAUUGCGCUGGGCGCUUGA